AUGUGGCUCACCGAUCAACAGAAGAUCGGCGCGGCCCUCGUCUCGUUUGGCGUCCUCUUCCUCUUCCUCGGCGUCAUUCUCUUCUUUGAUGGCGCCCUGCUCGCGCUCGGAAAUGUCCUCUUUGUCUCGGGCAUCACCCUGCUCAUCGGCCCGCAAAAGACGUUUUACUUUUUCGCGCGCAAGCAAAAGAUCCGCGGCACCCUCUGCUUCUUUGCCGGCAUGCUCCUCGUCUUUAUGAAGUGGAAGCUCAUCGGCAUCGUCGUCGAGGCCGUCGGCUUCCUCAAUCUCUUUGGCGACUUCUUCCCAGUCAUUCUCAACUUCCUCCGGCAGCUGCCCGUCAUUGGAGACGUGCUCAGCUUGCCAUACAUCCGAGGGGCCCUCGACAAGCUGGCUGGUGCGAGACAAUCAGCAGUCUGA